AUGGCGCCUGCUGCAUGCGGCGGCGGCGGACGUGGUCGCUCUCCUCUGUCGCCUCUGCUGGGCUGCCUCGUCAUCUUCUCGCUGCUCUGCACCGUCUGCCGCGCGCAGGACCCGGGGCAGCUGCAGCCGCUGCCGGCGCUGGAGGUGGCGACCUACAACUACACGUCGUUCCAGGAGGGCAACUCGCGGGAGCAGCGGGAGCUGGCGUUCAGCAGGGAGGCCCGCAUCUACCAGGGCGCGAUCCAGGUCUCCCCGGACACCGGCAACGUCGGCAGCUACCAGGACAUCAUGGUCAACAAGUCCGGCUCCGUGCUCCUCCAGCGCCGCUUUACCAUGUGGCGCCGAGUCGACGUCGACGGCGGCGGCAAUGGCAAGGGCAGUGCCACGGCCCCGCGCGUCCAGGUCGUGUCGUUCAACAGCACCUUCUCCAUGAACGUGUUCCACCUCCCGGACUCGUCGCCGCGGCCCGGCGAGGGCUCACCUUCCCCGGCGGCGAGGAACCGCUUCGUGGCCGUCGAGUUCGACACCACGAAGCAGGACUACGACCCCAGCGACAACCACGUCGGCCUCAACGUCGGCUCCGUCGUGUCCUUCAAGACGGCGAACCUGACGGCGUUCCGCAUCGCCACGGACAGCGCCAGCCCCCGCAACUACACGGCCUGGGUCGAGUACGACGGCGCGGCGCGGCACGUGUCCGUGUACAUGGCCGUCCGGGGCGAGCCGAAGCCGGCGUCCCCGGUGCUGGACUCGCCGCUGGACCUCAGCGAGCACGUCCCGGAGCAGGCCUACAUCGGCUUCACAGCGUCCACCGGCACCGACUUCGAGCUCAACUGCAUCCUCGACUGGACCCUGUCGAUCGAGGUGAUUCCGGAGAAGAAGAGCACGACGUGGGUCAUCAUCGUCGCCGUCGUCGUGCCGGUGACCGUCGUCGCGGUCGGCGUCGCCGCCUUCUUCCUCGCCAGGAAGCUGCGCGCGAGGCGGUCCAUGGAGAGGCGGCAGGAGCGGCUGGAGCAGCAGCUCAGCAACCUCCCCGGGAUGCCCAGGGGGUUCGCGUACGACAAGCUCAAGAAGGCCACCAGGAACUUCGACGAGCGGCUCCGGCUGGGGAAAGGUGGGUACGGCAUGGUCUACAAGGGCGUGCUCCCCGCCGACGAGGCCCUGCCGGAGGGGAUGGACGUGGCGGUGAAGAGGUUCAUCCGGGACGAUGGUAAGGACGUCACCGACUUCCUCCAGGAGGUCGACAUCAUCAACCGGCUGCGCCACAAGAACAUCGUCCCUCUCAUCGGUAUGUGA